AUGGAGUCAGGGGGAUCAUUGAAGGCAUACAACGCAAAGUACUGGGAAACCUACAACGAAAUCCUUGACUACCCUACCAAUCUGGCGAUCACUCAAUACAAGCGGGGUCUCCCAGUCGGGCAUAGGCUGCGGGAUUCGCUCACAAUGCACCAACCCACAACCAUGGAAUCCUUGAUGCAACGGAUCAAUGAGCACAUUCGUGUAGAGGAUGAUGCCGCCUCGGCGACCGAGAAGGUUAAUCUAGCCGCAGCAGAUAAAAGGGUAGCAGGGAAAGUUCACUCGGUCGGGCAGGAGGAUAACUGCCCGAGCGACCGGCCAAGAGAUCAACGACGUGGCCCAAACCGCGAUGACAGAAACAAAGGUCGCAGAAACGACCGAGCUGACGCUCCUCGUGAUGCAGCGGAGGAUGCUAAGAGAAAAUUGAAGGCGCGGACUAGAAUCACCACGGUCUUUAAAAUCCCUAUCUACCGCAUCUUGAGUGAGAUCAGAGGCGAGCCUUUUAUCCGCUGGCCGGCCAAGUUGGGGAAUGCACAGAGAGGCUUCAACUCAAGGUAUCGCUGCACCUUCCAUGAGGAACGGGGACACCGAACGGAGGACUGCUUGCCGCUCAAACAACAUUUGGAAGAGCUAGUGGCCGUGGGACAUCUUGCCCAAUAUAUAGAUGGGGGUAUGAAAGCCGCGCCAUUGGGGCAAACCGAGCCAAACGGCCUAGCCGCCCUAGAGGCAGCACCCCAAGGCGUAAUCAACGUCAUCCAUGGCAUCGUUGAACCAGCAAGGGUCUGCGAGCUCAGAGGGAUGAUUAAGAAAGCCGAGCACAUGAGGGAAGUGCUCUCCGUUCGGCCCGCUGUGAAGAAAGGGAAGACCGAGGAGAAGGACAUUCUUACCUUUUCGAGCAGGGACUUGGAGCGGAUCCAGAUGCCCCACAAUGACGCCCUAGUGGUAACUCUUCGCGUCAAAGACUUUGACAUCAAGAGGAUCUUGAUCGACCAGGGAAGUCCGGUCGAAAUUAUGUACUAUGACGCGUUCAAACAAAUGAAGUUGGAGGACAAGGACUUGGCCCCUGCGACGUCCCCUUUGGUUGGCUUCAACUCUCAGCCAGAGUGGCCGGUAGGGAAGAUCAUACUACCGGUCAAAGCAGGUUCAAUCACAAAGCAGGUAGAGUUCUGGGUGCUCAAAGUCCCAUCCACCUACAACUUAAUUUUAGGCAAGGGUUGGUUGCACGCCAUGCAAGCAGUAGCGUCGACUUACUAUCAGGUCUUGCGCUUCCCGGCACCAAACGGACAAAUAGAGGAAGUCUGGGGAGACCAGGUGAUGGCGAAACAAUGCUUCGUUGCAGUAAAUGGCAGCCGAGCAGCUAAAGGAUUUGUCCAAAUGAUUGAGGGACCCAAGGGAAAGGAGGUCCUUAAAGACGUAGGAAGAAAGGCUGAGGAAAAAUCGGUCGAGGAUUUGGUGGAAGUGCGCAUCGACGAGAAUGACCCAACUAAGUUCUUCCUCUUGGGAUCAUCUUUGUCUAGCGCUGAGCAGUUGAAUUAUGUCAACUUCUUGGUUUCUAACAUGGAGGCUUUUGCGUGGACGCCUUACGAUAUGCUUGGCGUCAACCCUAAUUUCAUUUGCCAUCAGUUGAACGUCUUCCCGAAUGCGCGGCCAAUCAUUCAGAGGACUCGCCGCUCGGCUCUGCACCAUGCCGAGGUAGUGGCAGAGGAGGUCAAAAAUCUGCUGGAAGCAGGAGCGAUAGAAGAAGUGCAAUACCCUCGCUGGAUAUCCAACACGGCGUUCGUUCUGAAAAAGAAUGGCAAGUGGCGAGUCUACGUUGACUACAAGACGGUCAGCCGUGCUUGCCCAAAGGACAGCUUCCCCCUCCCUCGAAUUGACCAGGUGGUGGACUUGACCGCUGGCCAUCAGAGGUUUAGCUUCUUGGAUGCAUAUCACGGCUACCACCAGAUAGCCAUGUAUGAACCGGACCGAGAGAUCACAUUGUUCACUACUCCUAGAGGCCUGUAUUGUUAUAAAGUCAUGCCUUUCGGACUGAAGAACGCCGGGGCAACUUUUCAAAGGAUGGUGACAAAGAUAUUCGCUCCUCUUUUGGGUCGAACAAUGGAGGCCUACAUCGACGAUAUGGUGGUAAAGAGUAAGGAGAAGUCUCAACACCUCACCGACCUAGCAGAAAUGUUUGCCAUACUUAAGUGCCACAAACUUCGUUUGAAUGCCUCCAAGUGCGCCUUCGGAGUCGGCACCGGGAAGUUUCUGGGGUUUUUGGUCACAAACCGAGGGAUUGAAGCUGACACAUCACAGAUCAAGGCUAUACAAGAGCUGGAGCGCCCAAACUCCACGAAGGAUGUGCAACAUCUUGCCGAGAUGGCCACCGCGCUGAACAGAUUCAUCAGCCGGUCUUCAGAUCGUUGCAAGCCCUUCUUUAAAUCUUUGAAGGCCAAGUUCUUUUGGGAUGACGAAUGUGACCGUGCACUGGCAGACUUGAAAAUAUACCUUUCCUCAGCCCCUAUCUUAGUCACACCUCGGCCGGGCGAAGAAUUGUAUCUCUACUUGGCUGUCUCUCAACAUGCUGUGAGCGCCGUCCUAGUCCGCGUUGAAGGCAUCCAGCACUUGCCAAUCUUCUAUGUGACCAAGACUUUGCUCCCGACCGAGACGAGGUAUCUUCCGCUGGAAAAAUUAGCGCUGGCCCUGAUGAUGACAUCAAGAAAGCUGUCGCACUAUUUUCAUGCCCAUACGAUAGUUGUGUUAACCGAGUUCCCACUUAAGGUGCUUUUUAAAAAGGCAGACUUCACCGGAAGAAUUUUAAAAUGGGCCGUGGAAUUGGGGCAGUACGAUAUCAAGUUCCGCUCGCACACCGCAAUCAAGGCUCAAGCUCUUGCAGACUUUGUGGCGGAAUUCGCCCCUGGAACGCAUCCAGUUUGCCCGGUUGAUUUGGCUAGUACGGAUUUAGCGCAGCCCAAGUUCUGGCAAUAG